AUGGCCCCUGACCACGCUUCUGAUAAAGACCUCGGUCACAACGAGAUCGAAACGUCGCCACCUGGCCACGCUCAGGAGCUCGACCUCAGCACCUCUGAUUUCUCCGACAAGGACAAGGCUCGAAUCCAAUGGCGGAUUGACAUGCGGCUGGUCGUCCCGCUCGGGCUGGGUUACACGAUCUGCUUGAUAGAUCGAGGAAACACAGGUCUUCUCGCCGUUUCCGGCUUGAUCACGGACCUGAACCUCAUCGGAUACCGCUACCAGACCAUCAUUCUGAUGUUCUUCCCGACCUACAUCCUGAUCCAGCCUGUUGCCACGGCGUUGGCACGUAAGGUUGGACCCCGGGCCCUACUUCCCAUCAUCAUCAUCGCAUGGGGUCUCUCCACUCUGGGCAUGGGGUUCGUCAAAUACUGGUGGCAAAUGCUUCCACUCCGAGCUCUUCUCGGCUUGUUCGAGGGAGGCUAUUUUCCCACCUGCACCUAUCUCUUGAGUUGCUGGUACCCACGCUACGAACUCCAAAAACGAAACUCAGGCUUCUACUUCAUGGGCAUGAUCGCCUCGGCCUUCGGUGGUAUCCUCGCCUACGGCCUAUCGCAGCUCAAGGGUCACGGAUCGGGUGCAAAAUAUCUAGGCCAGCAUUACGGACCUACAGCGACCGAUCCGACAGCUCCCUCGGGCAUCUUGCCUGGUAUCUCAGGUUGGAGAUGGAUCCUGAUCAUCGAGGGUGUCAUCACCUGCGUCAUUGGAGUCAUCCUCUUCGUCUUCGUCGUCGACUUCCCGGACCGUUGCAAGACCGAUAUGGCGAUUCCCUUCCUGAAGCCCCAUGAAGUCGAUUAUGUCUGCGCCCGACUAAACCAAGAUCGAGACGACGUCAAGCCCACAAAGUUUAGUCUCAAAACCUAUCUCGCGAAUACUGCCGAUCCUUUGGUCUGGGCAUACUGUCUCACUUUCCUCUGCACUUCUCUAAUUCAGUACGCCCUCUCGUAUUUUCUUCCUAUUAUCCUCCAAGAUAGUCUCGGAUUUGGUGUGGCAGCCUCUCAGCUUAUGUCGGCGCCGCCGUACGUGUUCGCGGCCAUCCUGAUGUUCGUGCAGGCGUGGUGGGGGGACAAGCACCAAGUACGGUCGCCCAUCAUCGUGGUAAACGCCCUCUUUGCCGUCCUCGGUCUUUGCAUGCUGGCCUACACAAAACCGGUGGCGUCGCGAUACAUCGGCGCCAUGAUCCUCACGGCCUGCGCUUGCGGCAACACCCCGCCCAUGAUCACCUGGCAGGCCAACAACAUCCGCGGUCAGUGGAAGCGGGCCUUGUGCUCCGCGUCCCUGCUCUGGGGUGCCGGGCUGGGCGGCGUGACCGGCACUCUGGUCUUUCGGACGCAGGACAAGCCGACAUAUCGUCCGGGUAUUGCCACUUGUCUCGUGGCGGCAGGGAUCCAGAUCGUUCUUCCCCUUUUCAUGGUUCUCUAUUUCCGAAGUGCCAACAAGCAGGCCCUGGAAGGACGUAAGACGAUCGAAGGUCUGCCUGGAUUCUUGUACACCUUGUAG